AAAAAAGCCUAAACACAUCCGUUCCUCGAGACAUUCCUCAAGGUGCGUUAAACGCAAACACUAAGUUUUUCGUUCGCCCUCGAGGUGGAGAGUCUGGCCAAAACUUAAUAACGACUAGCUGA